AUGUCUACAUUUGAUCAAUCUUCUAAAAUCCCGCCGCUUACGGCAGUCAACAAUGCUAGCUCACAACGAAAUCUAGAAAGUAUUACACUGAUUUGGUAUGAUCCAAAUAUUGAUGAAACUAACGGCACGAAACAGACAAUGAAUGAAUUGAGAGAAAUAAACAAUAGUGUAGUGUUUCAUACUGAUUUAGACGCUUGUAUUGGUUACAUUAAAAACGUUACCGCUGAAAAAAUAUUUCUUGUUACAUCUGGAAAAUUUGCUGAAAGGAUUUUAGAAAAAAAUCAUGAAUUAUCACAAGUUGAUUCAAUAUUUAUUUUCUGUUCUAAACCUGAUCGAUACGAAAAGCUUAUACAAAAAUAUUCCAAAUUAAUUGGAAUUUAUGUCCAACGUCAAGAUUUACUAAAUUCUCUGAGAGAAAAUAUUAUUCUAGUUGAAAAACAUUUAGAAACAUUUAGUUUUUAUAGUCAACAUAAACAAAAAUCUACAAGAGAUCUGUCUAAAGAAUCAGCUGAAUUUCUAUGGUUUCAAAUGUUCAAAGAUGUCAUUUUGAGAUUGCCGAGAGAUAGUCAUGCGAAACAACAAAUGAUUGAAUUUUGUCGAUAUUAUUAUUAUGGAAACGAAAAAGAAUUAAAAUUUAUUUGUGAAUUUGCACGCGAUUAUAAAUCGAACAUGGCUAUCAGAUGGUAUACUAAAGAGACAUUUCUCUAUAAAACUGUCAAUAAAGUAUUACGAACUGAAGAUCUUGAACAAUUACAUACAUUUCGAUUUUUUAUUGCUGAUCUAUCAUUGAAUCUUUCUACUGAAUAUGAAAAAUUGAUAAGAAAAGGUGAAAAAAUCAUUAUGCUUUAUCGCGGACUAAAAAUGGAAAAAGAAGAAUUAGAAACUUUAAAACAAAAUGAACAUAGUUUAAUUUCAACAAAUGGCUUCCUAUCAACAAGUCGUUCGAAAGAGCAAGCACUCGCGUUCGCUCAAAAACCGACCAAACGUACAGAUACUAUUGCUGUUCUCUAUGAAAUUGAAUGUAAUAUAGAACAAACUGAUUCAAUUAUUUUUGCUGAUAUUGCAAAAUUCAGUGAUUAUCCCAACGAAGCAGAAGUUUUAUUCGAUCUUGGGUCAACAUUUGAAAUAAUUUCUGCCAAAAAAAAUGCAGAAUUAAAUUUAUACUUAGUUAAACUAAAAGCUAGUGAUAAAGGAUCUAAAGUUGCUAAGGAAUAUAUUGAAUUAAAUAGAAAAGAUGAAGACGAAACUAGUCUUGAACUCAUAUUUGGUAAAUUAUUAAUUGAUAUGGGACAAUAUGAUCAAUCGUUAAAAUAUUUUCAAAGUUUGUUGGUAAAUGAUCAAACACAAAAGGAUGAUAUCGCUAAAAUUAAUAAUCUAAUUGGAUCGACAUAUUAUAAUAAAGGUGAUCUUGACAAAGCACUUGAGUACUAUCAACUGGCUUAUGAUUUAAUGAUGAAUGAUAAACCAAUACGAAUAAAAGAUUCCGCAAGACCAUUAACAAAUAUAGGUCUUAUUUAUCAUCGAAAAGGCCAAUACAGCCGUGCACUUGAAUUAUAUCUGAAAUCCAUAGAAAUAUUUGAAACAUACUACGGAAAGGAACAUAUAACAGCAACAAAAACACUGACGAAUAUUGGUAAUAUAUAUACAGAAAGUAGACAAUAUCAUCGUGCAUUACAAUAUUAUAAAAAUAUACGAAGAAUUCAACAGCUAUACUUACCAUCUGAUCAUCUUGCGACUGCUAUGACAUUGAACAACAUUGCAGUCGUGUAUACAAAAAUGAACGCAAUCGAUCGUGCACUUGAAUAUUAUCAACAAUCAUUAGAUAUGAAAAAAAGAAUACUUCCACCCGAUCACAACGAUAUCAGGGUGACAAUGGCUAAUAUAGCAGAUAUAAAUACAGAGAUAAAUCGGCUUCACUAUCCAGUAUCAUACAGCAAGAUGUGCCAGGCUUCCACGGCGAAGUCCACCAUUUUGACACAGAACAAGCCUCCGUUUAUACACACUAUUCCUGCCAACGCCAUAUGGGUACAGAACGGAAUAACCGUUGCUGGCAGUAAAGUGAGCGGGGAUGCCACUAAUCAGCUCAACUGGCCUUAUGAUCUCUUCGUUGAUGAUGAUCAAACAGUGUUUAUUGCUGACAACGGGAAUCAUCGUAUCAUGCAAUGGAAGAACGGUGGUACAACGAAUGGACAAGUUGUUGCUGGUGGCAAAGGCCAAGGAAAUGGAUUACAUCAAUUGAGUUAUCCAACAGAUGUAUUGAUCGACAAAGAGACGGAUAGUCUCAUUAUUUGCGAUCGAGAUAAUCGAAGAACUGUACGAUGGUCUCUUCGUAGUGGUGCAACACAAGGAGAAAUCCUCACAGGCCACAUUGAUUGUCGGGGAUUGGCUAUGGAUGAACAGAGAUAUCUCUACCUCUCUGACACCGAAAAACAUGAAGUAAGACGAUAUCAAUUGGGUGAGAAGAAUGGCACUCUCGUAGCUGGUGGUAAUGGUAAAGGUGGUGGUCGCAAUCAACUCAACGAGCCGACAUAUCUCUUUGUUGAUCGACAACGGAAUGUCUACGUAUCAGACAGCUCCAAUCAUCGUGUAAUGAAAUGGAAUAAAGGUGCAAAAGAAGGCAUUGUGAUCGCUGGAGGUCACGGUCAAGGGAAUGCUCUUACACAAUUGUCUCAUCCUAAUGGAAUCUUCGUUGAUACGUUGGGCACACUCUAUGUAGCAGACUCGCACAAUCAUCGUGUAAUGCGUUGGACUCAAGGAGACAAGAAACAAGGCACUGUAAUUGUGGGUGGAAAUGGCGAAGGAGAAGGAGGAAAUCAGUUCAACGGCCCCACUGGUUUGUCUUUCGAUCGACAUGGUAAUCUCUAUGUCGUCGACAUGGGUAAUCAUCGUGUUCAACGAUUUUCUAUCGAAUAA